AUGACGACGCCGUCGGGUGCCGAUUCUUUGCCGCCGGGGAUGCUGGUGACGGGUGGGACUGCGCAAGUGCAGCUGUGGAAGGCGCUUGACAAGCACGAAUCUCUGUACGAGUUCAUGCACGAGCUGGGGCGCGUGGGCAGGGCGCUCGACUCGGACGGAGUGCUGCAGUCCAAGAACUUUGCCGUCAACAAGACGGCCAAGGCGUUCCGGGACGCGGCGGGGGGCAAGUGGGACAUGAUGGCGGUGCUGCACUCGAUGCCGAGGAGCAUGGUGCGAGCGAUUGUGCUCGGCACCGUGGCGUUUGACGACUACGGACGAGGGUUGGAGUCGUACACCUGGCCGUCGACGACGAGCCACACGGACCGGCAGGGGGUGUACGUGAUCGGGCUGCGGCGGGUUGGGCACGACGGCAGAUUCCUCACGGCGGGUGAGGCAAAGCUGCUUAUCGACGGCCUGAACCAGUACACAGCGGCCGCGCGACGCGCUCUGUGGCCGGUGACGGGGCCGGCGACGGAGCGGCAGCAUGCCGCGGCGCAGCUGAUGGCGCGCGUGGACGCGAGGGUGGCGGGCAAGGGGAACUGGCAGAUUGUGUCCCCGCGCUUCAUCACGUCCGAGGAGAACAUGGAGCACGUGCGCGCUCUCGUCGGCUCGCUCCGGCGCGUGGUCGGCCAGAUGGAGGCGGUGGGCAUGGACGCAGGCGAGCGCAUGGCGCAGAGCCCGCUGUACGUGGGCUGCUCGACCAACCUGCUGGCGAGGCUCGCCGACUACGAGCUCUCGCAGGACUUCAGGAGCGUGAAUAACAAGCUGGCCGUGACGACAAGCAUGCUGCUCGAGCUGGACCUGCCCGUGGAGCUCGUGGCUCGGAUGGCGGUGCGGACGUGGAUGCCGACGCAGCUGGCCGUGGCUGAGCAUCUCGUCGUGACAAUGGCCAGCUCUCUCGUAUACCAGGGGGGCUUCAACGCGACCCAGGCGGGCGAGCGCCACGGCACCUGGAGCGGCUGCGACGACGCCCGACAGCUCGUGCUGGGCCGGACCCCGUACCUCCGCGACAACCUGGCCUGCACGCUUGGCGACAUUGCGGAUCGCGCCCGCUUCGAGACGGAGCUAAACGCCUUCCUCGAGGACCUCGACAAGAGCGAGGCCGAUAUGCUAGACGCGGAGGUGGAGGCGGCGGCCGCCGCGCCGUAUCUCCACGUCGACUGCGACGUUCUCAUCCAGAGCCUCGAGGCCCGCGUCGCGCAAGUCAAGAUUGCGCUCAAGGAGGCCCAAGAGGACUACGAGACGGCGCAGGUCCUGGCGAGGCUAGCGAGGAUAAGCCUGCACGGGGCACGUGGGUCCACCGCGCCGGCCGACGCGCCGGCCGACGCGCACGAGACGUAG